AUGUACGCAGAACGGCAACUGGCAUAUGCACCGACACCGUACAGCUACACUCCAAACUCAACUCUCUCGGCCACUAUCAAUGUUGAUGAGGAGCUCAAACUUGCAACCAAUAGUGCCGAACGCGACCUUUUCGAGUCGUUGGCCGAGAUCUACAGCAUCAUUGUCACUUUAGAGGCACUGGAAAGGGCUUUCCUCAAGGACUCCAUCUCGGAGACAGAUUAUACCGAUACAUGCAGCCGCUUGCUGAAGCAAUACAAGUCCAACUUAGCAGAUGACUCGGUCGCCAGAGCCUUUGGAAGCCUCGACUCUUUCAAGCUGGAAUGGAAUCUCGAAGUACCCCGUGCCACUGAUCGUCUGAAGAUUGGUCUACCAGCCACCGUUGAGGCCCCUUCACGUGCACCUGGUGCUCCUUCAGGUGGUGGAGCUGGUGCUGCUGCCACUCAUAUUGUAUCAGCUUCAGAGAACUUCAUCACUCUCUUUGAUGCCAUCAAGAUGAACAUGCUCUCCAAAGACACGCUUCAUCCUAUCCUCGUCGAAACCAUCCAAGCCGUCAACAAGGUUACUGACCAGGACUUCGAGAACAAGGCCAAAAUAGUACAGUGGCUUAUUACUCUCAACCAGAUGCGUGCUGCUCAAGAACUCUCAGACGAACAAGCUCGCGAACUUCAGUUCGACAUGAAUCUGGCAUAUGAUGGUUUCAAAGCAACCCUCGAGUAA